CGUAUGACGACGGAAGGGAGGGCAAGAGGAGGAGAGGAGCAUGGAAGUGGACGGGAAGGAUGCUGCCGGAGGAGGGAGAGGAGGCGGGUGUGAAUCGAUUUCGUCGGAUGGAGGAGGUGUUACUGGCGGAUUGAGUUUGGAGUUGGUGGGCAAGGGAAAAGCAGGUCCUGGAGGCGGAGGCGGAGUGGGACUUUUGCCCAAGGGACUGGGGAAUGGACUCAUCGGCGCAGUGGCAGCAGCAGGAGGCGGAGCGGUCAGUGACGAAGAGGACCCGAGUUUUGAAGGCGAUGGAGGCGAGGGUGGGCAGCACGGAGGGGGUAGAAACAAGAAGACUUCGCCUUGGCAGCGGAUGAAGUGGACGGAUUCCAUGGUCAAGCUGCUCAUAGGAGUGGUUUUGUUCGUGGGCGAGGACAGUAGUUUAGAUGGCAGCGGCGAAGGGAACAAGAGGAAAUCGGGGAUUCUGCAGAAAAAGGGCAAGUGGAAAUCGGUGUCGAAAGUAAUGAUGGAGAAAGGGUGCUAUGUGUCCCCGCAGCAGUGCGAGGACAAGUUCAAUGACCUAAACAAGAGGUACAAGAGACUGAAUGACAUUCUUGGCAAGAAUACGGCGUGCAAUGUAGUUGAGAACCCGAGCACGCUGGAUGCCAUGACCAACCUCCUCCCCAAGGCCAAGGAGGAUGUCAAAAAAAUCCUCAGCUCGAAGCACCUGUUUUACAAAGAAAUGGCUUUCUACCACAGCGGCAACAAAGCCGCGCUCUCCACUGAUCUGGAAUUCCAGCCUUCCCUCCAAGCUGUCAUGCUACAGGGCAGGGAACUCAUGGAGUCGGGAAGGCACAUGAAAGACGAUAUGGACGAGGAUGACGACGACGAUGACGAUGACGACGACGUGGACGACGAGUUCGACAUCGCUGACGGCGUCGAAGAAGAUGGGGACACAAUUGCCGACCUGUCUGAUCCUUACGGGAAGCGGAGAAAAUUGUCGAAGAAGUUAGAAGAGGUGGAAUUGGGGAUGGCUGCAUCGGGCUUGCAUGAUUAUGGGAAAGACAUGAACGGGGUGGAGAUUGUGAAUACGGACAUAAUGAAUGUCCUGCAUGAAAGCUCCAAGGCAUCUCGAGAACACCAGCAAUGGAUGAGAAACCGGACCAUGCAGUUGGAGGAGCAGAAAGUUGGCCUUCAAGCUGAGGCUUUCAAUCUGGAGAAGCAAAGGUUUAAGUGGCAAAAGUUCAGCUGCAAAAAGGACCGAGAGUUAGAGAGAUUGAGACUGGAGAAUGAGAGGAUGAAGCUUGAGAACGAAAGGAUUCAGCUUGAGAUUAAACAGAAAGAGCUCGAAAUGGAUAACAAACGAUCGGAGGCGUCCAUGACAUCGAUUGCACUCAUUUUGGAUAGGCUGCAGGCGAGGGAGCAAAACGACCUAGGAAGAGGACAAUGUGUGCAAUGAUUGAGCUAGCCGCACGGCGCGCAUAGCACUGGCUUUCUCUACUUAGGUGGUUAUGAUCUUGUAUUGUACAUUUACACACUUGACAAUCAUUUGUGAGUCUGCUCCACCCUGCAACCCAUUCAAAGUCGAAACAGGAUCUGGUCUACAAUUGCUUCCUUAUUCGUCAUACAGGAGGAGCUUCUGUUCAUGACCUGAACAUAUCGGCGAGGACUGCUUCUUUCACGAGUGUCGACGUUGUUUAAGAAAUCUGUAUCACGGACAUUAGUCAAUCAGAAGUCUUCACAAGAUUACCGAGUAUUCUCCUUCGUUUUCUGUCCGGUACAGUUAAAUGAAUUCUCUAAUCUAGUAUAAAUAUCUAGCUUCAAUAUACGAAGAUUUGGUUGCCUUUACUUUUACUCAGUUCCUUUAAUUAAGUUGCGAUAGAGGCCCUCAUUAUUUAGAGCCAUUUAUAGUUUCCGAGAAAAGCAAUUUAUUACAAGAAGCUGACACCCCCUAUUUUUUCUAUCCAAUUAUAUAGAUCGGAGCCUUGGUUAUGUCUUUAGUGAGUGCAGUGUUUUACAGUAAUUACUUUGACUUGAUGAUAAUCUUAGAAGAUGAGGGUCUGCUAUUACAUAAGUAAUUUGCUGUCAGAUUAAGUGAACUGUCUAUCAGAGUGGCUUACGUGGCGAUUGCUGAUAAAAUGUGAGAACAUUUUUAAUGAACUGAUUGCAGAAUGUUUGAGAAGAUGAUUGUCGUAUCUUCCUACUCAGGCUCGCAAUGAGAUUGUCGCACUCGGUGGCCUUUCUGUGUAUUCUGAUCUGCCUGUUCAUCUUAGUGUUGUGAUCAAUCUGUAGCCUACUGUAUGUUGGGUAAUCAGUCAUUGUACAUAUUAUUAGUUUCCUUUCACGUCAGAUUGUGGCAUCUGAGCUGGAGCUUCAGAUCAGUUAGUAAAGCUAACACUAUGGAUGUAUAAGUUGGCAAUUGAUCAUAUUGUCUAAACCAAGCCAUCCAUCCAUCCAUCCAUCCAUGCAGACCGUCAAAUUUUGAGUUAUUUUGGUUCUAGGAGGUACAAUUUCGGUGGUUGCCUUUUAAGUUACUCUCACGGAGAACUGUCAACUUUGUUCCAAUUACGACAGUCAAACGAUGGUGUCUAGCAUUUUCAUGACAUUUUAGGUUUCACCUUCACCGGAGAGAAGCCGGUUUGUGUGCCUUUGGGUCUUUUACUCAAUAAAUCUCUU